AAUACAUCCGCCACCAUUAUCAUCUUCUACAUUUCUCAAACUAUUUAAAUACACAAUAUAAAUAUCAUACAUAUAUAUACACAAACAUAUACUGAUAUACAUACACAUCAUCAUCAUCAUCAUCAUCAUCUUAAAGAAGCUAUGAACCAAUACGAUCAACACCACCAAGUUGCAGCUGCAUAUCCAGCACCUCCAACUUCGUAUCCAGAUACCUAUAAUGGCGGUCAAUACGUAACGGCACCACCACCAAUUGGUUACCCUGCGAAAGAUGGUAACCAAAACGGGCAGGCACCGGUUGAGACAACUAGUCGAGGAGACGGGUUUUUUAGAGGAUGUCUUGCUGGAAUGUGCUGCUGCUGCUGCCUGGACAUGUGUUUCUGAUGGAACACAUAUAUAUAUAUAUGUAACAAACAAACAUUCUAGGAUUGCAUAUUAUUUCAGAUUGGUUGUAUUAUUCAUUCAUCUAUUGUAUACUAGAGCUUGAUUUUAUUUUUAAUGGAUUCAUAUUUUCAUAUAC